AUGUCCUAUCAACAGCAGCAACAAUGCAAAGUCCCCUGCCAGCCACCUCCCCAGGUCCCAGAGCCCUGUCCUCCCAAGGUCCCAGAGCCCUGUCCUCCCAAAGUCCCUGAGCCUUGUCCUCCACCCUGCAGCCAGCAGAAGUGCCCCCCUGUCCAGUGCCCUCCAUGCCAGCAGGACUAUCCACCAAAGUGGAAGUAGCCUCAGGGGCCAGCCCUCUCUCACCUGGACAUGCAGACACUGCCCACUGCCCACCUCCUCCAGCUUAUUUCCAGCAACUACAAGGAUCACCCUAGAAGAAGCUUCCAGUUCAGAACCAAGAAGAAAGUCAACUGGCUUUUCCUCCCCAAAUCCAUGCCUCCUUCAACCUCCUCUUCCAGGAGGCUGCAGGGUUUAGACAGGAGGGUCACCUUCUCCGACCUUUGACCCGUGGUUCAAAUAUGCCAUUAUGUUCAGCUGCGACCUCCUCCACCACCCAGCCUCCUGCUGAUCAUGUGGAUCACUGUAAGAACUCAGAACUUGCUCCUCUCUCUACCUCCUCGGGAUGCAACAACUUCAUCAAGGUUUCCUGGAGCAAGCACGACUUAAAAAAUGAUCACAAGAAACUGUUU